AUGGAUCCCGAAAUCCCCAAACUCUCCUUUGACCUUGUUAUAGUCGGAGCGGGUGUCGCUGGCUGCGUCCUCGCGAGUCGCAUCUCGCAUGCGCGCCCCCACCUCCGCAUCCUCCUCCUCGAGGCCGGGGUCGACAAGGACGACCGCGUGCUCCCCACCCUCGGCAUCAUGGGGGGCUUCGACUCGACCCUCGAGUGGAACUACCGCUCGGUGCCCCAGGCCCGGGGGUUCGGAGGCGAGGUCGUCAAUCUCACGUCCGGCAAGAUCGUGGGCGGCGGCUCCGCGGUGAAUUACCAGACCUUCACGCGGGGGCCCGCCGUUGAUUACGACCAAUGGGCCGAGCUCGUGCAAGACCCGCGGUGGUCGUGGAGCAGUCUCCUGCCGUACUUCAAGAAGUCGGAGACCUGGUUCCCCUCGGCGGAUCUGCGGGAGCGCGGGCUUCCCACUACGAAUCUGCAUGGCCACGAUGGUCCGAUCAAGGUCAGCCAUGCGACGAACAGCGGCAGGCCGCGUAACUAUCCCCUCCGCGAGACGAGUCGACGGUUCCACGAGCUGCGUGGGUGCCAGCACGCGCUGGAUAUCAACGGGGGCAACCCCGAGGGGUACGCAGAGGCGUUCAACUCCACCUACGAGGGGCUGAGGAGCUAUGCUGCUGGCUACGUGCUCGGGGAGAAUGUCACGCUGUGGACCCGAUCUCUGGUGGAGAAGGUGGUCGUGGAGCAGGGCGCGGCGAAAGGAGUGGUCGUCCUGCGGCCUGUGGGCGAUACCGACACGCAUGAGCGCUUCUACGUCGAGGCGAGCAAGGAAGUCAUUCUCUCUGCGGGCGCGCAGAGCUCGCCCAAGAUCCUGCUUUUGAGUGGCAUCGGCCCUACCGCGGAGCUGGCACGACACCAGAUCCCCCCGAUCGUCGACCUCCCCGUCGGACGCAACUACGCCGACCACCCCGCCAUCUUCACCUACUGGGCCAUCGACCUCCCCAACGCGGUCCUGGGCGAUGGCGAGAUGCAGGGGCCCGACCUCGACUGGACCGCGGGGCUGCCCUACGACUGGAUCUCCUUCGCGCCCGCCGACCAGGGCACCCGCGAGCUGGCCCGACAAUUCCUCCCUGCGGACCAGUACCAGCGUUACUCGGCGCCAGGCAAGCUGCAGGUCGAGGCAUUCACGGUCUACACCUCCGUCGACACAUGCACCCGCACCCCCCUCGCGCCCGGCUGGCCCGGCAAACGCGUCUUCAGCAUCGCCCACAUCCUCGUGGACCCGGUCUCGCGUGGCACCGUCACCCUGCGCUCCGCCGACCCCACCGACCCGCCCAUCCUGGAUCCCAACCUGCUUGCCUCGCCCGUCGACCGCUCGGCGCUGUACGAGUGCGUGCGGAGCUGUGCGCGCGCAAUCCAGGCGGUCGAGGGGCUAAAUGCCGUGGAGUGGGGGGUCGAGGACGCCCUCCGCGGGGACUGGUCGGAUGAGGCGAUUGAGAGUCGCGCCCGGCGUAUGGGCGCGGGUACCGUCUUCCAUCCGUCGGGAACUUGUGCGAUGGGGCAGGUGGUGGAUGGGGAUUGUAGGGUGUUGGGCGUCGAGGGGCUGCGGGUGGUCGAUGCGGGGGUCAUUCCGAUUCCGUUGGCGGCGCAUUAUCAGGCGCCUAUGUAUGGGGUUGCGGAGAGGGUAAGUUACUUUCUCUUGAUGUCGUGGGGGAUAUUGACUUGUUAA